AUGUUGAAGGACUACUACGCCAUUCUCGAUGUACUGCCGCGCGCCUCCGGUGAGGAGAUCCGCCGCGCCUUCAAGCGUCUGGCACUCCAGUUCCAUCCGGACAAGAUCGGCACUGGCGCGGCGACAGAGCCGACCUCCACAGUACAUACCAGCGAGCCCAGUCUCGCCCCAAAGAGACCAGAGAAUGCAUUAGCCACUGCUAGCGUUAUCAGCUCAAAUGCAUCGACAGCCUCGUUCCAGUCACUCUCGAGGGAUUUCACAGACAUUCAAGAGGCCUACGAGGUUCUGGGCGACGUCGCGCGACGCUACCUGUAUGACAUGAACUACCAAGAACUGUUGGCCUUACAGCAACAUCGUCAGCAGGAGGAGCGCAAGCGCUUCGACGCCCAUGCGCGGGCUGUGGCUGAGGCAGCUCGGCAGGUCCGAGAACGUGAAUGCUUGCGGCAGCAGCAGCAGCAGCAACAGCACCAACAGCAGCAGCAGCGGAGCCAUCAGCCGCAGAAUACCAACUCAUCUUCCACGAUUGAAUGCAGCACCACCGCCGCGGAUCUUCGCAUUAAUGCCUCUGUUCCCUCACCACCCCACCAUGCCGCACCUCUCAGUCGAGGGCAAGGAGCGAAGAACACCGGUGUCUCUGCGCCGUCCUCUCGACCUGACGAUGCACCUCUGGACAAGCGACCGCAUAAGAGACGGGAAUCAACGGAAAACAGGAAUGGGGGCAACCGUUCGCUAGGGGACCUUGCCGGCGAUACGAGUGGUGACGCUGAGUCGUCGCAGGCUCAUUACCUUUUCACAGCGCCGACGCGGUCGCACGAGGUCGGCCGCUGCACGGAGGAAGGGCGGGCAAGAAGACAAGAAUGCGACUGUACUGCUAAAGGGCGUCAUACCUCGAGCCGGACUCAGAGGCGUAUCAGCGGCCUCGACACGAAGUACACACGACAUCGCAUGGCAACAACUCUGCCGGCUGUGUUUGUGCUGUCGAGUUCGGUACCGUUCAGUUGGGGUGAGACGGCCGCGCAGACGUGCCCGUCUGUAGCCGAACCAAGCCGUUCGUCAGGGGGGCGGUGGUACCGCCACACUGCGCCUCGUGACGGCGAGGGGACUGAGGAGCCCGAGUUGCCAGUGGAGUACUACUACCAACGUUCCAUCGAACGCACGCUGCGCGUGUUCUUCGGCGUGCAGCAUCUAGAGUGA